AUGUCUUUUACACGCGCCAUUCCUCGCGCUACCAGCACCAUCGUCCGCACACAAUCAGCAGUUCUCAACCAAGCACGAAAUUUGUCUAUCACCGCAGCCCGAAAGUCAGCAGAUCAUGGUGACCACUAUGAGCCACCGAGCGGAUGGUUAUUUGGAGUGAAACCUGGAGAGAAGGCCGAGAAAGAGGGAUGGGAAAAUUUAUGGGUGUACGGGUUUUUUGGAACUUGUGCUUUUGGAAUUGUGGGUUAUGCGGUCAAGCCAGAUACCUCGAUACAAACAUGGGCAUUAGAAGAAGCACGCAGAAGGUUAGAAGCCGAGGGGAUCUUGAAGGAGCCAGAAGACAAAUCAUAA